CUGAAGUGGUGGCGGAUGCACUCUGCCCUAGAUUUCAUGCAUCAAGCAGGCGGAGGGGAGGAGCUGGAACGCACCUCCCAAGAUACCCCAAAGCAGGCCACGAGUUCACCCACUCUUAGAAUGUAUAUAUGGACUAAAUAUCUCAAAAUGCACCAGCUAUUGGAGACGCUGAUAGAUUGGUGUGAUGAAAAGGAGCUUAAUUUGAUUUUAACAACUGGAGGAACAGGGUUUGCACCACGAGAUGUCACUCCAGAGAAAUUCCCAACAUUCCCAUUAUGUGGGCUCCAGAGAGGGGCCACUAAAGAAGUAAUAGAGAGAGAAGCCCCAGGGAUGGCCCUGGCAAUGUUGAUGGGAUCACUUAAUGUUACACCUCUGGGCAUGCUUUCUAGACCUGUAUGUGGAAUCAGAGGGAAAACUCUCAUAAUUAAUCUGCCAGGUAGCAAGAAAGGAUCACAGGAAUGCUUUCAGUUUAUACUGCCAGCCCUACCUCACGCCAUUGAUCUUUUGCGGGAUGCCAUUGUAAAAGUAAAGGAGGUGCAUGAUGAACUUGAAGAUCUACCUUCACCACCACCUCCUCUCUCUCCUCCUCCAACCACCAGCCCUCACAAGCAGACGGAGGACAAAGGAGUACAGUGUGAGGAAGAGGAGGAAGAGAAGAAGGAUAGUGGAGUUGCGUCAACAGAGGACAGCUCCUCUUCACAUAUAACUGCAGCAGCCAUUGCAGCUAAGAAGCAUCCAUCCUACACCAGUUCAGCUGUUAUCAUGGCAAAAGGUGAACAGCCCAUUCCUGGUCUCAUCAGUUAUUGCCAUCACGCAGCAGGCAGUGCAGAAGAACCGAUUCCAGAUUCCAUUAUCUCUCGUGGUGUUCAGGUGCUCCCACGUGAUACAGCCUCCCUCAGCACUACCCCUUCAGAAUCGCCUCGUGCCCAGGCCACUUCGCGUCUCUCCACUGCAUCCUGCCCAACACCAAAACAAAUUAGACGGCCGGAUGAAAGCAAAGGAGUUGCUAGUAGAGUUGGAUCCCUCAAACUCCAUCGAAAGCUGGAGGAGCUCAGAGAUCACCUAGAAGGCAAUGUCAAAGGAUGCUCUCUCCGAGUAAAUGCUCGGCUUCCUUCGUGUUCAUCCACCUAUAGUGUUUCUGAGGUCCAGUCCAGGUGCAGCAGCAAGGAGAAUAUCCUCAGAGCAAGUCACAGUGCUGUUGACAUUACCAAGGUAGCAAGAAGACACCGCAUGUCUCCCUUCCCUUUGACAUCUAUGGACAAGGCCUUCAUCACAGUUCUGGAGAUGACCCCGGUGCUUGGAACAGAAAUCAUCAAUUACAGAGAUGGAAUGGGCAGAGUCCUUGCUCAAGAUGUGUAUGCAAAAGAUAAUCUACCACCAUUUCCCGCAUCAGUAAAGGAUGGCUAUGCUGUCAGAGCUGCUGAUGGCCCAGGGGAUCGUUUCAUCAUAGGGGAAUCCCAGGCCGGUGAGCAGCCAACUCAGACUGUGAUGCCUGGUCAGGUAAUGCGAGUUACAACAGGUGCUCCAAUUCCAUGUGGUGCUGAUGCAGUGGUGCAAGUGGAGGAUACGGAACUUAUCAGGGAAUCAGAUGAUGGCACUGAAGAACUAGAGGUUCGAAUCCUGGUGCAGGCCCGACCAGGCCAAGAUAUCAGACCUAUAGGACAUGACAUUAAGAGAGGUGAAUGUGUGCUGGCUAAAGGAACCCACAUGGGUCCAUCGGAGAUUGGCCUCUUAGCAACUGUUGGCGUAACAGAAGUAGAAGUUAACAAGUUUCCAGUGGUCGCAGUCAUGUCAACAGGGAACGAGCUACUGAAUCCUGAAGAUGACCUCUUACCAGGAAAGAUUCGAGACAGUAACCGUUCAACUCUCCUAGCUACAAUCCAAGAACACGGCUAUCCAACAAUCAACUUGGGAAUUGUGGGAGAUAAGAAGCCAGAUGUUUUUAAAGAAGAAGGGACACAGAGCUUCCAGAACACUGCGGAGACAGGCCUACCAGAUUGCCCGGAUGAUUUACUGAAUGCACUGAAUGAGGGUAUCAGCCGUGCCGACGUGAUCAUUACAUCAGGAGGUGUAUCUAUGGGAGAAAAGGAUUAUCUUAAACAGGUGCUGGACAUCGAUCUUCACGCACAGAUUCACUUUGGCAGAGUUUUUAUGAAACCAGGCCUGCCCACAACUUUUGCAACUCUGGAUAUUGAUGGUGUAAGAAAAAUAAUCUUCGCACUCCCGGGCAACCCUGUGUCCGCUGUUGUCACCUGCAAUCUCUUCGUCGUUCCUGCACUGAGGAAAAUGCAGGGUAUCCUGGAUCCUCGGCCCACCAUUAUCAAAGCCAGGUUAUCAUGUGAUGUAAAAUUGGACCCCCGCCCAGAAUACCAUCGGUGCAUACUGACUUGGCAUCACCAAGAACCACUACCUUGGGCACAGAGUACAGGGAAUCAGAUGAGUAGUCGUCUGAUGAGUAUGCGCAGUGCCAAUGGACUGUUGAUGCUACCUCCAAAGACAGAGCAGUAUGUGGAGCUUCACAAGGGGGAGGUGGUGGAUGUCAUGGUCAUUGGAAGGCUAUGAUGUCACCAGCAGGAGCGAAGCUUUGAUGCAUGUCCACAUAUCAUUGACUGUAUCCUGUAAUAUGCAACGGCACAGCUAGUUUUUCUGAUUUGGAUAAAAGUUGAUCAGUAUAGUCAACAUCUUGAACUAUAUUUCAAAUGGAAUUUAAAUAAUACCUUUUAAAAAAAAACUUUAAAAGCAAAUCUUAACAAAGAAAUUUAUUCUGAUUAUAUCAAAGCAACUUUUUCCUUUCCUUGCAAUUGCUUUGUGUGUUCAAUGCUAGUUCUAAUAGCGGUAGCUUUUAGUAGACAGCAGUAGGUGCCUGCAGAACUUGUGUUUUUUCUCAUCUUUAAGAUACAACUACUUAUGCUCUUAAAACAAGGCUGUCUGCUUAUUUAUACUAGCGUAGACAACACUUGGAUUUCCCUUAUUAGUAUGCUUCAUAACCGCUUCACAGAGAGCUUCUGCUUGUUCUUUAUCUUGUAUCUCGUGUUGAUGUGCACAGUGCCAAAAGCAGAGUGGCUGCCCUGGGAACCCCGUGAAGCCCCGAGGUUCUCCCACCUCGCUGCGCGUUCAGGGAUCUCUCUUGUCCCAGCAGCCACCCAGCUCAGUACUCUUGGGCAGUAACUGGAUACCUUUUAUUUCAACAAACAAACAAAAAAUUGCUUCCUUAAGUGCUGACAGCCUUUUUAACCAAUACAUUUAAAAAUGUACAGAAUUAAAAACUAAAAAAAAAAAAAUCAAAGACUGAUCUUGUACAGAUAUUAGUGUUACCAGCAUUCAUGUGGAAAUUAAAUGAGCAAAGAAUAAAACUAAUGUUAAACAACUCUGUACCAUAACAUUUUCUGUAAUGAUAUUGAAACUUAAAUGAAUAAAAAAAAUCCUCAAUCAUUAUUUAAAAA